ACACAUUAAUUCCAAAUACCUUUAACUAAAACAUUCCAUCAAAAAAAAAAGUUGUGAAAAAUGGCUUUGGUCACAAAAAUGAGUGAUAUUGAGAGAGAAGCAAUUAAUAAGAUAGGGAAGCAGCAGAUCAACCAUUUCAGCCACCGCCACCCGCUGGAGGCGGCGGAGGUCCACGGCGACGACGACAAACUAGGCGCGUGCGCGGGGUGCGAGCACGACAUCGUGGGGCCGGCGUACGUGUGCACGAAGGCGACGUGCAACUUCGUCCUCCACGACCUCUGCUCCGACCUCCCGCGGCGGCACCGCCACCGCUGCCACCCCGGCCACCCGCUCGCCCUCCUCCCCUCGCCGCCGUACAGCGACGGCGAGUUCACGUGCGACGCGUGCGGGGAGUCGGGGCACGGGUUCACGUACCACUGCGCGGCCUGCAAGUUCGACCUCCACGUGGAGUGCGCGGCGCUGCCGGAGGCCGUGAAGCGGAGCGAUCAUCAGCAUGACUUUGUGCUGACGAUGUGCGGGGAGAAUUUGGACGGCGGGGAUUUGGUGUGCUGCGGCUGCGAUGAUGAUCGUGUGGCUAAGGGUGGAUGGAUGUAUUGUUGCUUGGAUUGUAAAUUAGGUUUGCAUUUGGCUUGUGCGGAGACUUGUUAAUUACAUGCUUAAUUAUGCUUUAAUUAAUUGUGGAGACGUGAAAAAGAUGUCCCUUUUCUGCAACUAUAUUGAAUGCACUUCAAUUCACGAAUUUAA